AUGGCCAUGCAGCUUUCUGAAUGCCCAAAUGACCCGCUUAGGGAAAUGUUCGAGGCCUGUAGAGUUGGUGAGAUUUCAAAAGUAAAGAAGCUUGUUACAAACCAAACAGUGAAUGCCAGGGAUAGUGCUGGUCGGAAGUCAUCUCCACUCCACAUUGCAGCAGGGUACGGUCGCCGGGAGGUGGUGGAGCACCUGCUGCAGGUGGGCGCCAGCGUGCACGCCCGCGACGACGGCGGCCUGAUCCCGCUGCACAACGCCGGCUCGUUCGGCCACGCCGAGGUGGUGGCGCUGCUACUGCGCGCCGGCGCCGACCCCAACGCGCGCGACAACUGGAACUACACGCCCCUGCACGAGGCCGCCAUCAAGGGCAAGACGGACGUCUGCAUAGUGCUGCUGCAGCACUUCGCCGACCCCAACAUCCGCAACACGGACGGCAAGACGGCGCUGGACCUGGCCGACCUGGCCACGCGGGCCGUACUCACCGGCGAGUACAAGAAGGACGAGCUUCUGGAGGCGGCCCGCUCCGGCAACGAGGAGCGCCUGCUGUCGCUGUUGACGCCGCUCAACGUCAACUGCCAUGCCUCGGACGGCCGCAAGUCGACGCCGCUCCACCUGGCCUCCGGCUACAACCGCACCCGCAUCGUCAAUAUCCUGCUGCAGAACGGCGCCGACGUGCAUGCCAAGGACAAGGGGGGCCUGGUGCCGCUGCACAACGCCUGCUCGUACGGCCACUACGAGGUGACGGAGCUGCUGGUGAAGCACGGCGCGCACGUGAACGCCACCGACCUGUGGCAGUUCACGCCGCUGCACGAGGCGGCCAGCAAGAUGCGGCUGGAGGUGUGCUCGCUGCUGCUGUGCCACGGCGCCGAUCCGACCCUGCUCAACUGCCACUCCAAGACGGCCAUCGACGCGGCGCCGACGCGCGAGCUGCAGCACCGGCUGGCCUACGAGUUUAAGGGCCACAGUUUGCUGGAGUCGGCCCGCCAGGCCGACCCGGCCCGCGUGAAGAAGUUCCUCUCCAGCGACUCGGUCAACUUCAAGCAUCCGCACACCGGCGACACGCCGCUGCACGCGGCCGUUAGCUCGCCGUUCGUGAAGCGGAAGGCGGUGACGGAGCUGCUGAUCCGGCGCGGCGCCGCGCUCAACGAGAAGAACAAGGAGCUGCUGACGCCGCUGCACGUGGCCACCGACUGCAACCACGCCGACAGCGUCGACCUGCUGCUCAAGCACGGCGCCAAGGUCAACGCGCUCGACAGUCACGGCCAGAGCGCGCUGCACCGGGCCGGCCAGGACGGCUCCGUGGCCAUGUGUCGGCUGCUGCUGUCGUACGGCGUCGACACCGGCAUCGCCUCGCUGCAGGGCUUCACGGCCGCCCAGGUGUCCACGGAGCCCGUCAAGAAGAUGCUUCUCGACGAGCCGAGUGUGGCCAGCACCAGCCUCGAGUACCAGCUGCUGGAGUCGGCCAAGGCCGGCGACCUGGACGUAAGCCGCCGCCUAGUGUCGGCCCACCCGCACCUGGUCAACUGCCGGGACCUGGACCGGCAGGUGGGUGGCCGGCACUCGACGCCGCUCCACUUCGCGGCCGGCUACAACCGCGUGCCGGUGGUGGACUUCCUGCUGAACCACGGCGCCGACGUGCAUGCAAGGACAAGGGGUGAGGGCCUGGUGCCGCUGCACAACGCCUGCUCGUACGGCCACUACGAGGUGACGGAGCUGCUGGUGAAGCACGGCGCUAACGUCAACGUGGCCGACCUCUGGAAGUUCACGCCGCUGCACGAGGCCGCCGCCAAGGGCAAAUACGAGAUUGUCAAGCUGCUGCUGAAGCACGGCGCCGACGCCGGCAAGAAGAACCGCGAGAGCCUCACGCCGCUGGACUUGGUGAAGGAGGCCGACCAGGAGGUAGCCGACCUGCUGCUGGGAGACGCCGCCGUGCUGGACGCCGCCAAGAAAGGCAGCCUGGCGCGCCUGCAGCGCCUGCUCACUCCCGACAACAUCAACUGCCGCGACUCGCAGGGCCGCAACAGCACGCCGCUUCAUCUGGCAGCUGGGUACAAUAACGUGGAGGUGGCAGAAUAUCUGCUGGAGAACAACGCGGACGUGAACGCCCAGGACAAGGGAGGCCUCAUUCCCCUCCACAACGCCUCGUCAUAUGGCCACCUGGACAUCGCCGCGCUCCUCAUCAAGUUCAACACGGUGGUGAACGCCAUGGACCGGUGGGGCUUCUCGCCGCUGCACGAGGCGGCCCAGAAGGGCCGCACGCAGCUGUGCGCCCUGCUGCUGGCCCACGGCGCCGACCCGUGCUAUAGAACCAGGGAGGACCAGACGCCGCUCGAUCUGGCCACGGCAUGAGGACGUGCGCUGCUGCUGCAGGACGCCAUGCCGCAGCCGGCUCCGGCGGCGGCCAGCUCCGCUCCGGACGGCCGGCCGCCGCCGGAGGCCGCCGCGCCGGGCCGUCCGCAAAGCCGGCGCCGCGGCCGGCGAGCUGGUGAUGAUGCCCUCUGGCAACUCACUGCUGAUCACGUGCCCGCUGGCGCCGCCGGCACCGUUCAGCGGCGACGGCAGCGCCUGCGUGCCGGACGUGGAGGUGGACGAGGAGCCAGCCGACGCCAAACGCCUCGAUCGCCCGCCUUCCUCAGCAGCCUCGGCCUGGAUCACCUGCGCGACAUCUUCGAGCGAGAGCAAAUCACACUGGACAUCCUCUCGGAGAUGGGACACGAGGAGCUCAAGCAGAUCGGCGUGAACGCCUACGGCCACCGACACAAGCUCAUCAAAGCGGUGGGCUGGCACAGCAGCCAGGCAGCCGGCACUAGCCUGGUCGACCUGCCCGUUGAGGACAAGGAGUACCAGGCGGUGGAGCACGAGAUGCAGUCCACCAUCAUGGAGCACAAGGACAGCGGCCAAGCCGGCGGCAUCUUCAACCGCUACACCAUCAUCAAAAUCGAGAAGGUGCAGAACCGCCGGCUGUGGGACCGCUACCAGCACCGGCGCAAGGAGGUGGCCGAGGAGAACGGCGGCCAGGCGUGCGAGCGCAUCCUCUUCCACGGCUCGCCCUUCAUCAACGCCAUCGUGCACAAGGGCUUCGACGAGCGGCACGCCUACAUCGGCGGCAUGUUCGGAGCCGGGAUCUACUUCGCCGAGAACUCGUCCAAGAGCAAUCAGUACGUGCACGGCAUCGGCGGCGGCACCGGCUGUCCGGCACACAAGGACCGCUCCUGCUACGUGUGCCACAGGCAGCUGCUGAUGUGUCCCGCGCUGGGCAAGUCGUUCCUGCAGUUUUCGGCGAUGAAGAUGGCGCACGCGCCGCGCCACCACAGCGUGGUGGGCCGGCCCAGCGCCGGUGGCCUCUGCUUUCCCGAGUAUGUGGUGUACCGGGGAGAACAGGCCUACCCGGAGUACCUGAUCACCUACCAGAUCUGCCGGCCGGACGAGAACCACGCCAGCGAACCGCCGGCCGUCUGAGCCGCGCCGCCGCGCAGACUGGCCGCUCCCGCUCCCGGUGGCGGGGGUGACACGCCUUCGUGCCGCCGUCGCUGUGCGCGGAGGGUGCCCGGCCCGGCGGACCGCGCCGUCUCAAGUGUGCAGAUCACUGAUCUCUGCCGGCCGACGGGGCGUCAGGUGGCGCGGUCCGCUUGGUGUUCGGUCUGGCUGUUUAUACGAGGAUCCGGCCGCCACACGCUCCGUCGGCGAAUCGGUGUCCGUUUUCGUAGCCGGCUGUGCAAUGCGCUCUCUGGCACGCGUAGAAUCGUCCGAAGUCGCGCUUUCUUAGAUAAAAGUGAGGGAGCGGAGCUGUCACGUCCUGCCAGGCGUCCCAUCCGUGGUGCGACCUGGCGUCUCCGGUAGGCGGUGGACGGCACCAGGAAGGCGUGGGCAUGCUCUGAGGGUGCAGGCGGGGUGUCUGUCAGGCGCUGCGGCGUCGCACCGUGCGCGCUCUCGCCGGCGCCGGGCGUGUCCGGGUG